AUGACCAUGAUGGCGCGUGCCGACAACUACCAUUGGAUGACCCAAAACAGGCAUAUGUCAUUCUCUUCACGCCGGACGGAUCAACCUUGUGGAGCCACAACGUCCAGAUCUUCAACUUCGGUUCUAUGGCCAGUGUGGGGAUACAGCAGAUUUGGAGACGUCCUAGUCUCCCUGGCAGGCACCUUCCUUUUGUGCCCCGUGCUGCAAUAUGUUGAUGAUUACGGAAGCAUGGAAGAAGAGACAGGAGCUACGAGCAGCUUCUCAGGCUUCGAAAUCCUCAACGGCGUCUUGGGAUUUCAUAUGAAGACUUCCAAGAGACAGCCGCCCCAACCAGAACAUCGCACACCAGGAGUCCUUAUCUCCAGCGAUCGCGACAAAUCCUACACCUUAAACCCUAAACCCCAUGACGCAGUCGUUCCACUUCAAUAUUGA